AUGAUAGGUGAUGAAGAAAACACAGAAUUUAUUAAUGAAAUUAGUAAAUAAGAAAUUAAUGAAAUCAAAGAUGAUCUUAAUUAGUAAAAUAGAAAACAGCUUAUUAAUAAUCUAAUCUAUUUUGGAUCAAUAUUAAUAUUCACAUGUAUAAUUAUACUGCUAUUUUGGAAUAUUAAGAAAUAAAGAAAUCCAUCUAAAUUAGUUGAUAUCCACAAAAACAAUCCACAAUUAUUAGGUAAAUUAAUAUUAUUAUAACAAGUCAUUUCAUAAGAACAUUUUGAUUAUUUUGAUUAGUUAAAUAAUACAACUUAAGUUUCUAAUUGUAAUUAGACUAUUUUUAAAGAAAAUAUCUUAAUAGUGAUUAGUAAUCAGAUUAUAAAAGAUGAUAUUAAGGAUUGUAUAGAACUUUUAAAACCACAAUUUAAUGAUAUUUUAUUGAUAAUCUAUAAUGCUACAUAAGAAUCAAUUCUCAAAAAGGUUGAUGACAAUAUGAAUCAGUAUUAUUUAUCAUCCAAUGAAUUAUCAAUACAAAAUUAAAAGAUCUAAAAAUUCGAACACUUAGAAGUAGAUGAAUAAUAAGAAGUUGUUGUUUAGAUUAUUAACAAUAUAUUUAAAUGA